UCCAUAUAAAGUGACUUUGUGAGAUUUAGAAAAAUGGCUUGUACAUGCUCAAUGUGCUUUUCGAGCUUUUCAACGCUGGCAUCGUUACGAAAUCAUUUAAAACGGUGCCACGAAUUUGAGGAUAGCUUUCACGUUAUUUGUCAGGCACCACGUUAUGCAAGUAUUUAUUACACCUUCGAAGGCUACAAAUCUCAUUUGCGCGGAAAGCAUGCAGAUAUAUUGAAUAAUUUCAUUGAUGAGAAUUCUUUUCAAAUGGUCUUAUCAUGAAAUAAAUAUGAGCGAAGACAAUGAAGAUCGCAAUGGUGAGCCAGGAAUAGUUUAUGGCAUUACUCAAGACGAUGAUUAUGGUGAUGCAAACAUCGAUAUAUGCCACAAAGAGGAGAAUAUCAGGAGAAUGAACGCCCGGUUUCUGUUAGACACUAAAGAAAUGCAUAAACUAUCUCAAAAAUCAGUCGAUACUAUCGUCAGAAAUACUACUUCCAUCGUCCAAAAUUCCUUGAAUUAGUGAAAUGUCGUCUGUUAUCAUUGCUUGAAAAUGACAACAUGCCAGACGUGUGCGAAUUGCUGGAAAAUAUAUUCAUGGAGGAAAAUGUCGUGACCAAUCCUUUCCUGGGAAUGGAAAGCAAAUGGCAACAAGAUAUUUUUUUAGAGAUGUUAUGGGAGUGGUUGAACCAAAACAAAGGGUUUUGGGAAUCACCCAUGUUCAGAAAAGAAUUGGUGUUGGAAGAACAGUCCGAAAACAAGAUGAAGUCAUCGAAAUUCCUCUUAAGAGCCUAGAGCAAAUGCUGCAAGAUCCAGCCAUAUUAGAUCAGGUCUUGCAUUCACACCAAAUACAAGAUGGGCUGUUAUCAGAUUAUUGUGAUGGCAAUGAAUUCAAAAGCCAUCCCUUGUUUUCCAUCGAUCCGACUGCUCUUCAAAUUAUAUUAUAUUAUGAUGAAGUAGAAAUUGUCAAUCCCCUGGGAAGCAAGACAGGGAAACAUAAACUAGGACUUGUUUACUACACAUUGGGUAACAUUUUACCAUGAUAUCGGUUGCAGUUAAAAGCUAUACAAUUGAUUUCAAUUGCAAGGAGACCUGUUAUUAACAAAUAUAGUAUUGGUAUUAAUUCUAAUAUUGGUAGUAAUAUUAUUAAACAUGUAAUGGUAUUAA